AUGUCUUCUGCUGGUAAGUCCGCUUAAUGAGUAAGCAGGUCAACUACAUAUCAUAUGCCUCCCUUUUCUGAGUGCUUCUGAGUUCUGUUAAACCGUAGUAUAGAGGAACUCUAAGAUAUAUUUUCCGUCUCUGAGUGAUUGGGCCGUUUGAGCAAGCACCCUAGGGACCUAGAAUAGGAGCUUAAAUUUAACAAAGCCAAUAUGAUUUCAGAAAAUGGUUUCAGAUGGCGUGGAAACUGGUUCUUUUUCCAGACGUCCUAUGAGGACACGGCGAUAUCGGACCGAUGGAAGAGACGUGACCACUCUAUUUGCUGACCGUCAAACUUCAAGAUUUUUAACAUAACCCCGGAAAAUGUGUACUGUUUUAGUCAUAGAUACCUGUCUUCUGAUAGAAUUAAGAACAUUUGGACCAUAAAAGUUGGCUUUGAUCCAGCUAUUGUUCGACAAGGCCUUUACCGGUACGCCUACGACAAACGUGCCGUUUGGGGACGAUAUUGUUCAGCUUCGCUGGCGUCGUGAGCAAAAAGUACCUGCAUCAGAGGUCUAGGGCAUUGUCCUACAAUAGCACUUCCUGAGUAAUGCUCGCAUCUGUUAUCUCAGCGAGCGAAUUGGGGUCGAAAACUGCCCUCAGUGUCCCAAAGCAGCCGGUAAAAUGCCAGCAUAAUCGCUACUGCUGUCCAGUUAGGGCGGACUGUUUUACGCGCCAAAAAGACGCGUACUAGCAAGUGCAGGGAGACCGAGAUGAACGUUUCUGACCGUUCUGUUUUUCCAGAGCACAAACACUGCCCGGAGCACGAGAAGGGGCAUGAGCAUAGCCACGGCCACGAGCACGGCUCCGAGGAGUGCAAGAAGGUCUGCAAGGACGAGAAGGCCUGUCACGUGGACUGCCACAAGCCCGGCACCGGACACACCAACCCACCCGGCUGCCAUGAGAAGCACCCGGAAGGUGAUGCCAAGCAGGCCGCCAAGGAGUGCCACGGCUGCUGCAAGUAA